GCAGAGCUCGCAGCACGCCGCCCUUCCUUGACGAAAGAGCUGGACCAGCUCAUGGAAAACUUAAAGAAGGACCCCACCGAGGAGGGCUUCACCCAGUCGGAAGUCUCGCGGCUCUACUCGGGCUUCCGGCGAUUCAUGAUGCCGGGAAGCAUCGAUGUCCACAAAGAUGACAUCUUCGAGCUUCUGACGUUUCUGGGUUGCGUCUUCCUGGAUCGGGUGGAGGUCCGCGCGCUGAUGGACAAGACAACGAAAUACGACUACAUGGCCUUCGACGACUUCGAAAGCUUCAUGGGCAAGUAUGCACAGUAUUGCCAAGAACGGUACAGGGUAAUCUUCGAUCGCUUCGACGAAGAUGGCUCCGGGACCAUCUCUAUCGAG